UGUCAAAACAAAUUCGUGUCGUUGUAGGCCGCACGAACAGCGCAAGCGGUCAUUCGUUUAGAAAUUUUCAAAGUAAGAGGAGCUCGAGACGCAUAUACUAAAUAUCACAGGACAAAUCUCUAACCAUGGACAAAGUUGUGAAAUUCGAUGAACCUGGUCGCGCUUUCGCCAAGGACUCGAUCCGCUUGGUUAAGCGUUGCACGAAGCCCGAUCGCAAGGAAUUCCAAAAGAUUGCGAUUGCCACAGCGAUUGGUUUCUGCAUUAUGGGUUUCAUUGGAUUCUUCGUCAAACUGAUACACAUUCCCAUCAACAACAUUAUUGUUGGCUCGUAAAUCUUAUCACACUUGUCCUAGACAGUGAGAGACAGAAAUAGAGAAAGAGAGAGAACGAGGAGGAGGAGCAGGAGCAGAACAAUAAUAAUCAUCAGCCUGAAACAACACAUAAAAUACUUUAUAAAUAUUUUAUUAUUUUUUUUUUGUUUUCCUGUAUAGUUAAAAAGCAUCAUGUACGGGUACAUUCAGCGAAUGUCUUUAUGUUACAAGCAUUUCAUGUAUGUGAAUUGUAUUGCAAUAAUGUUCCAAAUUCCAUUCAUAAUAACAUGAACGUUAGCUAAUAAGCGUCAUCAAUUAAAAACCGAAAAACUACCGAA